AUGAGCGCGAACGAGGAACAGGAGGAACCACAGCCUUUGAUGAACAACAACACAACCCAUCACGGAAGCAGUUUGGAUCAUCAACAGCUCGCACCCAUACAACCAAACUCGCCCUCUCAGGCGAUUUCUUCGUCCGUAUCUUCCGCUGAAAUUAUGGUUACUGAUCAUGACAUCGGAAGUAGCAGGGAGGGUGCUGUUGUUGGAACUAGUUCAUCAGCAUCACCGUCAACAUUGACUAUAUUACCACAGCAACUACAACACUCGGAACAGUUGGCUCGCAACACAACGGUCAAUACAUUAGAUUCCUCACAACACCCAAUGCUGACUAUUUCUACUUCUUCAACCGAUAGCCAACAUCAUUCCCACUCAGAUUCGAAUCAGAAAAACAUUUCUUCCAUAUCUUUUCUUGCAAAACAUUUUAAAAGCUUUUCAAAUAAUGACAUCAUUCACUUUUUAAAGAAGUUACCACAUCAUGGCCAUUCUGAUUCAGAUCGAUCUCAAAAUACAAGUUUACAAUCUGCUCAAGUUAAAACAGGAAAGGAACAUUCACCAAAAUCUCCAAAGAUUCCAAAGGCAAAUCCAACAUCUCCUGAUGUGACACUCGAUUCUAACAACAACUAUGAUGAGUCUCACACUUUGAAAAAGAAUGUCAUAUCCGAUGGACAUCUUUCAAUUUCAAGCAGUUUACUACAGCAGACAUCAAAUACCUCUCAAUCAACACCGGAAAAAGAUCAUCGAUCAAAAACAAGUACUAGCACGAGCUCAACAACCAAAACUCCUACCUCAAAUAUUUAUUCAUCUUCAUCAGAGGACGAAGGAGGCGGCAAUAGGGAGAGUAAAAUUAGAAGGAGACGUAGCUCCUCGUCUCGAAUGACCUCUCCCAAUUUGUCACAAACAGUAGAAGUGAAAAUCAAAAAAAUAGGUUUAAAGACUCUCUAUAACAUGAUGGUCCUCCAACCUAGUAUUACUGACAAGGUUCUCCCACUUUUAUUAAUUGACGUUCGAUCCUCUGAAAAAGAUUUCAUCAUUUCUCCUCUUUCUCAAACUUCACCAAGCCACCCCAAAGCCUCUUCUUCCCACGGAUUAACUAUUUCUGAAAUGAAUAAUAUUUUGUCAUCUCAAAUUGAGAACGAAAUAUCACGACCAAGACAUGUUUCAUGCUCAUCUGAGCAGCUUCAUAACAAUUAUGUAAAUAUAUCCGUCCCAUCUCCACCGUCAGAUGAACAUAGCAAUGCAGGCUACCUUCCCACCACUUCGACUACCACUCGGCCAAGGACUUUAAGCAACUCGUCUGCUGUGCCUGUGUUAAAUUUACAUUCUAUGAGUCAUAGCAGUCACAGCGGCAGCCAAGAGAGUUUAGCAAGCCCAAAAACUUUUCAUCAGUUAAGCCCGAGAUCCUCCUCUCUAGGACUUUCUCAACACAUUCAAUGGUCCAUUCAUUUUUAUUUACCAGAUUAUAUCAUUGAACACAUUCCUGUGGAUGAACUGAACAAAGAUAACGUUUUGAGCAUUAUUCACAUGAUAGAAACGACCAAUACAUGUAUUGAAAAAGAACUAUAUAGAACAAGAUUUGCCUGGCGAAAAAUGUCAAAUGUUGUCGUUAUUGGAGGAUCUGCAAGAGAUGAAGCACGUGUUAAAUGGCUGCUUCGAGUUUUGCAAUUGGAGGGCAAAUCUUACAACCUGUAUACAUUACAUUAUCCUUUAAAUUAUGGCCACUUUGAGGCAAAAUAUCCAUUUUCGAUCACCUCGUUCGAUUUUGUAGAGUUUUUAUUACCAAGUCAUAUUUACAAGAAUAUUUAUUUAUCUGGUUAUAGAGUACUUUCUCAAGAACGAGCUAUUGAUGUAUUAUUAUCAAAGAGAAUUAAUAUUAGAAAUGUUUUGAACUGUGCCAAGGAAUGCAAAUGUGUCAUUCCUGAUAAGCUUAUUUGCAACACGAAUGAUCCCUUAGAAAAAACGCCACAAAAGUUUUCAUAUUUACACAUCCGCCUAGACGAUCAUGAUCCCGUAUUUUGCUACUUUACAGCUGAACAAAUGAAAGAGAGCGUCAUGUUCAUUAACAGAGCAGCUAAAAACAAUGAGAAUAUUUUAAUUCAUUGUCAAGAAGGCAGAAGUCGCUCCGUAACUCUCAUCACACUCUUUCUCAUGAUUUGUGUUGGAUGGCGCGUUUAUAACACUCUUGAUUUUAUCAAAACGCAUAGACCAAAUAUGAGUGUACAUGCUACCUAUGUGAAGCAAUUACGAGCCAUUGAGGAAUAUUUAUUGGACAAGAUUGAAAAAAUCAAAUACGACAACAGUAACAAUAGCGAUGAAUCCAUUUUUGAUAUUGAGGGAAUUGUCAAAGUCGAGAGUGGGCAACACAUUAGUGAAAGUGAUGGAGAACAAUCUACAACGACUGCACCAGGUACAUUAUUGAAAUCUCAAAAUUCCAUGGCCUCCAUGCUUGAAUAUUCUUCCACCGAUGAUUCUACAAAUCCAAAUCAUUCAAACCUUUCAUCUCCUGGAGGAAAUCGAAAAUCCAGUCGAAAAUUUUCUGAAAAGAUGAAUGUGGCUCUCCUUUUCACUCGGAUGGGAUUGAAAUCCACUCUUUCUUCAUCGUCACCAACGCCACAACAAGAUUCUCCAAACACAGUGAUAGAAUCACCAGAAUUUUGCUCUGACGAAGACAUUCUCGAACAAUUACUCGAUGAAAUUGGAGAGAAUGUUGUGAAUCCCUUCAUUAAGGAAUUAUUAGAAACAUCCUCAACUUGUUGUGUCACAACCACCACAACCACCUCUCCUUCAACAAAUUCCUCACAACACCAAUAA